AUGAAGACCUUCAUUCUUUUAGCCGCAUGCUUUGCGGUGGCCAGCGCCGAAGUUUUCAAAAUGGAAACCAGAAACGCUGGUUCAAUCAGAGCUAAGCUCUUGAAACAAGGAGAGGAUAAGUACCACGAGUACCUUGCUUUCCUCCACAAGAGCCGUAUCUCCAAGCUUGCCACUGGAACUCAACCAGUCUUUGACUAUUUCGAUGACUUCUACCUUUCUAACAUCACUCUUGGAACUCCAGCUCAAAGCUUCACCAUUGUCCCUGACACUGGAUCCUCUAACCUCUGGGUAAUUGAUAACGGAUGUACCACUGAUGCCUGCAACGGAUAUGCUGACAGUGGAUACACCAAGGACAAAUUCGACACCACCAAGUCCACCACCUACCAAUCCGAGAGCACCAAGUUCAGCAUUGCUUAUGGCUCUGGUGACUGUGCUGGUCAUUUGGCUAAGGAUACUCUCAGCUUCGCCGGUUUGACUUACUCUACCCAAGAGUUCGGAGUCGCCACCACCAUUGCUGAUGUCUUCGGAUACCAACCAGUUGACGGUAUCAUGGGACUCGGAUGGCCAUCCCUCGCUGUAGACUCUGUUGUCCCACCAGUUCAAAACAUGCUUCCACAACUCGACAAGCCUAUGUUCACCUUCUGGUUGGACAGAAAGCUUACCCCAAGUCAAGGAGGAGCUGCCGGACAAAUCACCUUCGGAGGGUUCGAUAGCGCCAACUGUCAACCAACCAUUACUUACGUUCCACUCUCUGACAAAUCCUACUGGCAAUUCACCCAAGAUUCCUUCUCCAUCGGAUCUUACUCAUACAACAAGGCUGAUCAAGUCAUCUCUGACACCGGUACCUCAUGGAUUGGAGUCCCAGACGCUGUUCUCAGUGGAAUCGUCAAGCAAACCAAGGCUACUUAUGACUUCGUCGAUCAACUCUACACCGUUCCAUGCGCAAACCAAAACUCUCUCCCAGAUUUAGUCUUCACUAUUGGUGGAAACAAAUACAACGUUCCAUCAGUCGAAUAUGUUCUUGAUCUCGGACUCAGCAGAAACAGAUGUGUUCUCACUUUCUUCGGAAUGGGAUCCGGAUUCGGAGGCCCAACUUGGAUUCUUGGAGAUACUUUCAUCCGUACUUACUGUCAAGUUUACGAUGUCGGACAAGGAAGAAUCGGAUUCGCUUUGGCCAACCAUCAACUCAAGAACUAA